AUGAAGUUGUCCUUCUCUCUUGCUAAAUCCAAAACACCCGCUGCUCCUGCUCCGCCUUUGAAGCGCACAGCAGCCUUUGCUCUAGGAGAAGAUGACGAUCAUCUUGAUGCGGCCCCGACCGCAACCUCAAUAGACAAGGGUGCUGCUGCGAACAAGAAGCUACUAGCUCGAAAUGUGCAGACCUCGCGCUCUAUGCAGAAGCGGAUGGAGGCAGAAAAGAAAGUCGACGAAACCGUGUAUCAGUACGAUGAAGUCUGGGACAAAAUGCAAGAGUCCAAGCUUCGGCAGAAAGAGGCCAAGGAGUUGGAGUCCAAGGACCGGAAGCCAAAACACAUCAGUAAUCUCUUAUCCUCAGCGGCUACUCGUCGGCUAGACUAUCUUCGUGCUGAAGAAAAACUGAUGCAACGGGAGCGGGAGGCAGAAGGGGACGAGUUCAAAGACAAAGAGUCAUUCGUAACGCAGGCUUACAAGGAUCAAAUGGCCGCGGUCAGAGCAGCAGAAGAGGAGGAGAAGCAACGAGAUGAGUUGAUGAAGAAGCAGAGUGGCUCCUCUACUGGCAUGGCCCAUUUCUAUCGCAAACUUCUGGAAGAAUCCGAGCAGAAACACGAAGCGACUGUUGCUGCUACACAGAAACCUGUCAUCGGCCCGACACCCAACUUGACUAUCACCCGACCUCCUGACUUCACACCGUUGUCUGACCUGGCUCGAGCGGAGAAAGCUCGUGAAGAGGGUAGAGAGGUGGAGUUGAAUGAUGAUAAUCAGAUCGUUGACCGACGGGAUCUACUCAAAGCGGGAUUGAAUCUUUCUGCGCCAAAUACUCGACGAUUAGAGCGCUCCAAAGGGAAAGACGGCGCGAGCGAUGACACGCCAAUUCAAGCACACCGUGCUGUGGGAACGGCGGCUUCGCGACGCGAAAUCAAUCAACGAAGGACGCGAGAAAUCCAGCAGCAGAUGGAAGAGGAAGAAGAUCGGGUCCGCACCGAGGCAGAGCGAUCUGAGUUCGAGAGGACACAGAGAACGCUGGCCAAGAGAAAUGACGAGAGUGCUGUUCAGAGUGCACGGGAGCGCUACUUGCAACGAAAGCGGCAAAAGUUGGACGCUGAGGAGGUCAGUGUGGAGUGAUGCUAGUUUCCUCGUUGACGGAGCUGUAUUUCUAUAAACUAUGUAAUCUAUCCAAGUCCUGCAUUGUACAAA